UAACCCGGAUGUACUUUAGGUUUGCUUAGUCAGUUAGCUAGCAACCGUUGUACGCAUGCAAACCAUAACAGCGGCAGACGGUAAUUAUCCAUCAGUACCUAGUACAUUUACAAAUACAAGUCCACAAUGUCGUGACUGAAAUUGUAGCUAGUGUUAGUUAAAGUUCUCUGUUGUCGCACAUAAACUUUUAAUUAGCUACAGUUAGGUAAGCUAAUGAAUAAAACUUACUAAGUGUAUUUGAUCGUUGACGUUGCAAGAUUUAUUUUCUCCUGCCUAAGUACCGAGGUAACAACCUGGAUGCUGAUACCCUGCAUAGGACAACACAUGUGGCCCCUCUGACAUCCUGGUCCCGUCUAAUGUGAGUCUCUCCAGUGGCACUGAAACCAUGUCCAGCCAGACAGGAGUAACGCCCUCUCUACGCUUCGGCCAGGUGGUCAUUGGACCCCCAGGCUCAGGAAAAACCACUUACUGCCGAGGAAUGCAGGAGUUCCUUACUCACCUGGGACGCAAGGUGGUUGUGGUGAACAUGGACCCUGCCAACGAAGGGCUGCCUUAUUCCUGUGCGGUAGAUAUCUCAGAGCUGGUCACUCUGGACGAUGUCAUGGAGGGCUUGAAGCUUGGGCCCAACGGUGGGCUCCUCUACUGUAUGGAGUAUGUUGAAGCAAAUCUGGACUGGUUAGAGAACAAGCUGAAACAGCACAGUGACUGUUACUUCUUGUUUGACUGUCCUGGACAAGUGGAGCUCUACACCCAUCAGAGUUCAGUAAAGAAUAUAUUCUCACAGCUGGCCAAGUGGAAUUUCAGGCUGACAGCAGUGCACCUCGUGGACUCUCAUUACUGCACUGACCCAGCCAAGUUCAUCUCUGUGCUAUGUACCUCCCUGUCCACCAUGCUUCACGUGGAGCUUCCCCACGUCAACGUCCUCUCCAAGAUGGACCUUAUUGAGCAGUAUGGCAAACUGGCCUUCAACCUUGACUUCUACACAGAGGUCAUGGACCUGACCUAUCUUCUCGAUCACCUGGCUGCAGACCCCUUCUUUAAAAAAUUCCACCAUCUAAAUGAAAAGUUGGCAGAGGUCAUACAAGAUUACAGUCUUGUCUCCUUUGUGCCUCUCAACGUACAGGACAAAGAGAGCAUGAUUCAGGUCUUACGAGCAGUGGACAAAGCCAAUGGCUACUGCUUUGGAGACCUGGAGGAGAGGAAUCUGCAGGCCAUGAUGUCAGCUGCUGUGGGGGCAGACUUCCAGUUUGACUCUACUCUUGGAGUGCAAGAGCGGUAUGUUGAAACCAGCGGAAAGACUGUGGAGGAGGAAGUGAUGGACCUGUGAAAGGACAAAACUGGUUGGCUUUUUAGCACCAGUGUACUGUACCAGGGGAGUCUUGGCAACAUCCAUCUCACUUGGCCUGAAUUCUGAGCCUCUCUACAAAGGCAGUGGAGAGAUGGGAACUAAAUUUGGGUGCAGGAGAUGCUUCAAGGUUGCACCACACCUCAUAAAAAUCACAAUGAGGACGACUGGACGACUGAUUAUUCGUAUGUCUCCACUGCUGUUUCUAUAGACGACAACAAGGACAUCUUCAAGAAAUGCCAAUACAUUUUCUUAUAAUGUAUUAAAUGUAAAGGCCCUUGUUUUGUUUUUUAGUUAGAUGUUUAUGGCAUCCUUUUAGGGUCUGUAUGGUCAUAUUCAUUCUGAAACAAUAAAGUGACUGUAAUUAAUAUA